GGACGGGUGCUGGUGUGGUGCAAACUAGGGGCGAGUGCGCGCAGGAGUUGUAACAAGGCCCCCCUCGAUAACAAAGAUGGCGUUGUCUUCCAACUCGUUGCAGAAGAAAGUAUUAGGCCUAGCCGCGGUGGUUUUUACUCUGCUGGCGUCGUCUCAAGGUCAACAGCCAAAUGGCGCCGACCCCAACUUGCAGACUGGCGGAACUGGUCCAAAUUCACCAUUUCAAGGCCCUCCCGGAUCACAACCACAGCCGAUGCCACCCCAACAGCAAGGACCAGGGGGACCUGGCUUCCGAAGGCGCGGUCCUUUCCCGAGGGCGGGACUCGAGCGACCCGUGGGCGCCGAGGGUCCGGGUGGGCCGGGCCGCGGCAUUCCCCCCGAGCUCCUGGCGCGCCGCAUGGCUUUCCUCCAGGCGGCGGCGCGAGCGAGGGCGAUGCAGGAGGCCGCAGCGACAUCUGGCGAUGACGUCACCGCCCCGCCCAUAUUCGGAUUGCGCGGCCAGCCCCGAGCUGGCCACGACGGUGGUCGACCCAUCAUGGUUCCCACCGGAGUUCCCCAGUUCCCUCACCCACAGGGGAUCCCCACACGGCAGGGCGGAAACGGAAACACGGGCAACGGCGGAGGCCCAGGCCAGCCGAGAGGCCGAGCGAAGCGGGAGCACGGGAGGGUUGCCCGCACGAUGCAAGAGAUGCAUUCCGAGGAGGAAGAAUGAAAGAUGCAGACAAUCGACUCAGAAGUUGGCAUGACGCAGUGAAAACGACGAGACGCGUUAAUAAAAAACGCAGGUGAUUUGAAGGGGCAGCCUAAAGGUAAUGGAAAGAUGAUCUCACGAGGACUCAGGCGACCUGAACGAUUCACUAAGCGAAACAAGAGGGGGC